CUAGUCCAACAUGAUAUCAGCAUGUUUAGGGUGAAGCACUAAUCUGAGUUAGCACUGGAUUAGCAUUAGCAAAAUCUGUGAACUGUAGCCUGAGAUGGGCAGGGUUGAGGACUUGGACACAGUGGGAUUGGAGAGAGGGAAGGAUGUUUCAGUCAUUUCAGGGAGGAUAAAUAUGGACUUGGGAGCCAAGUCUAACAAUGAGGGUGCUCCUGCCACUUAGAGAGAGAGCCUCAUGACGAGAGAGAGAGAUCUCUCCAUUAUAUUGGGAAGUGCACCACCUAUCGACUGGUUGAUUGGGUGGCAAAUUUGAAACGGCAUCGAGACGUGUGUUUCUGAGAUAGAGAGAGAAGAAUGAUCAAAAGCUUGUAGCUGUGUGGCUUUGACCACUCUCUCCUCUCGAUGCACUAAUGCACACCCGCAAACCAAUAGCCAAAUCCAGCACAUAGAAACAGCCCCAAACACUCCACAAAAUAGUACUUCGCUUUCCCAUAUCUCCCAUUUCCUUCAGCAAAAUGCCCCGGUGCCUGCUGCCUUGCCUCCCCCCGUUUGCGGACACCAGGCAGAACCAUCCAACAUCUGCACACUGAAAGCUCUACAGUUGUGAUACUUGAGAUCAAGAUUCUGGCCUGAGAAAAUCCAUAGGCGGUUGCAAAUAAUAUGUUGGUUCUUUAGCAAAGUGCUGUAAUUAUUCUUUCUAGAUAAUGGAGUAAAUUGUUGGGCGAUUUGACCUCUUAGAUACACAAGUUUACUGAUAAAUGGCUUCAAAAACCAUCUCGCAUGUCAGCUCUGAGAAACAAGUCAAACCGCUUGUCAGCCACAGAGUAGAGCCAACCACUUGUAAUCCUAAACAUGUUACAAAGCUAAUCAAAUCAGAGCCUACUCCAUCAAAAGAAUUGGCAGAUGCUGAUGAGAGCAUGUCAAAGCAUCCUGUGACCAAAUUUUCUGAGGGCAUGAAACCUAAUCAAUGUUUUGAGGGAUCUAUCAAUGUCGAAACAGAUACACUUCCUAUCGAGGGACCUAUCAAUUCUGAAGCAGAUAAGCUUCCUUCCAAGGCCAUCCUACCUUUUGAAAAUAAUAACACACACCCAUGUUCCGAUAGCCAGAGAGAACCAACACAAUAUGUUGACACCAUGGGGCCGAAUGGGGCCAUGAUCUUGAAAGGCAGUGUGGAUCAAGAAAAUAAUAUUGAACACGAUGUAAGCAAUGGCAUUAUUUCUGCCAAAGUUAGUGAAGGGAACAGCAGUAUAACAAAGUCUAGUGGAAGUGCUAAGGUUAUUGACAAAGUUGAUGUUGUCGAAAAUAGAAUAAGUAGUAUGUGCAGGCCCAGUACAAGCAGUGAUAUCAGUGAUGAGAGCUUGUGUAGUAGCUUGAGUAGUAGCAUUAACAAGCCCCAUAAAGCAAAUGAUUCAAGAUGGGAAGCAAUUCAAAUGGUUCGUGCUCGAGAUGGAAUUCUGGGUUUAAGCCAUUUUAGACUACUAAAGAGGUUGGGAUGUGGUGACAUUGGUAGUGUUUAUCUGUCAGAAUUAAGUGGCACAAGAAGUUAUUUCGCUAUGAAGGUCAUGGACAAGGGAUCAUUGGCUAGUCGUAAGAAGCUUCUAAGAGCUCAGACAGAGAGAGAGAUAUUACAAUGUCUGGAUCAUCCUUUUCUUCCAACCCUAUAUAGCCACUUUGAAACAGAUAAAUUCUCAUGUUUGGUAAUGGAGUUCUGCUCAGGGGGAGAUUUGCACACCCUUCGGCAGAGGCAGCCAGGGAAACGUUUUUCUGAACAAGCAGUGAAAUUCUAUGUAGCAGAGGUCCUCUUAGCACUGGAAUACCUGCACAUGCUUGGCAUUAUAUACCGUGACCUUAAGCCAGAAAACGUCCUUGUGCGUGAGGAUGGCCACAUCAUGCUUUCUGAUUUUGACCUUUCCCUUCGAUGUGCAGUUAGCCCCACGCUGAUCAAGUCUUCUAACCCAGAAUCAGAAACAUUGCGGCGGAACAACACAGUCUACUGUGUCCAACCUGCUUGUGUUGAGCCACCCUCCUGCAUCCAGCCUGCUUGCGUCGCUCCCACGACAUGUUUUGGCCCUCGUUUCUUCUCCUCCAAGUCCAAGAAGGACCGUAGACCAAAACACGAGAUUGGGAACCAGGUUAGCCCGUUGCCUGAGCUCAUAGCAGAGCCCACGGAUGCUCAUUCGAUGUCUUUUGUUGGCACACAUGAAUACUUGGCCCCAGAGAUCAUCAAGGGUGAGGGCCAUGGGAGUGCCGUAGACUGGUGGACCUUUGGUAUAUUUUUGUAUGAGCUUCUGUUUGGGAAAACUCCAUUCAAGGGUUCGGGUAACCGGGCCACAUUGUUCAAUGUCGUAGGGCAGCCAUUGCGCUUCCCAGAUUCACCAGUUGUGAGCUUUGCUGCAAGGGACCUUAUAAGGGGACUGCUUGUGAAGGAGCCACAUCACAGGCUUGCAUACAAGCGCGGGGCUACAGAGAUAAAGCAGCACCCAUUCUUUGAGGGUGUCAAUUGGGCAUUGAUACGGUGUGCGAGUCCCCCAGAAAUUCCAAGGCAUGUUGAGAUUGAAAGGCCUAUACGGCCUGUGGCAUCAACGAGCGAAAAGGCUACACCUGUCAUCAAUCAAAAGGGUCCUGAUAACUAUCUUGAAUUCGAUUUCUUUUAGCGAUUCUUCAUCUGUUCAUCACAUGAAUGAUCUGUUAUGUUGGGGGAAGGGUGUAGAGUUUUUUCUUUUUUUCCUUUUAAUCUCAAAAUUGCAGCUGAUUCCUGGUAUCAACUGUCAAAUUUCUGUCAAGUCAUUAGCUGCAUACUUUGUGUUUCCAUAUCUUGUACUCUUAAUUGAAUGCCAAAACAUUUGCACUUGUUAA